AAGGUUCUUCCAAGUAACUCAAGUGAAUGGCUCUCCAUGGAAAGUUGGAGACUCAUGUAGAAAUGAAGGCUUCAGCGGAAAAGUUUCAUGAAAUAAUUCAUAAAACGCCUCACCAUCUUUCCAAUAUCUGUCCAGAUAAAGUAAAAAGUUGCGAGUUAUAUGAAGGCGAAUGGGGCAAAGUUGGCAGUAUCCUCUAUUGGCACUACUUUUUUGAAGGGAAGGCUUGUGUGUCAAAGAGGGUAAUAGAAGCUGUGGAUGAGGAGAACAAUUCAUUAACGUGGAAAGAGAUAGAAGGAGACCUUUCAAAGCACUACAAGAAUUUCAGAAUUAAAGUCCAAUGUAUCCCAAAGGAUAAGGGAAGUGUGAUUCACAUUACUUUGGAAUAUGAGAAGCUGCAUGAACAAAUUCCAGAUUCACAUACUUUUCUUCAGCUUUGUGUUGAUACCGCCAAAGACAUUGAUGCUCACCUCAUGGGAUAUGAUAACGAGGGUUCGUGUAUAGCUGCUAAAGCAUGAGCAACGUCUCUAUCUCCACUCAUAGCUCUUGGGUGGUGGUGCUAUUACUAUGUUAUGGAAUAAUAAUUGGCUAUUACUAUGUUGCUAAUCUUAAUUUUAUACUUAAAUAAACAUAUUAUGUCGUGAUGUAGCCUAUUCUAUGUA